UUGAAGCAAUUGCAAAGUAUAAACGAUGAAAUCAAUCAAAUAUGAAUACUAAAUACCGCUAUAAAUUACUGAUCAUAUAUUUCAACCAGAGGUCAUAUAACAAAACAUUCUUAGAUGAAUGACCAAAAGGAUUCUAUAUAUAAAUAAAAAUAAAGAAAUGAAAAGAUAGAAACAUUGACGGAGGACGGAACAGUAUUUCUCCCUCUGACGUCGCAAGCCGAUGACCUUUAAUACAAUCAUUGCACAGAAUAAAUAAAUGAUUACUUAAAAUAAAAAUAAUUCGGGACCAUACAGGAGCCCACAUACCAAUGAUUAAAAGAAACUCAGCUUUGGGACGUUAGAACAGGGUUAAACCGCGAGGACGAGUAACGCACCCUCUCAAAAAUGACGAAAUCUUGGAAAUUUCCAUGUAUAUAUUGAUAUGAGUCAAUCUAAGAAUGAUAUGACUCCGAUUGAAAUAAAUGAAAAGACAAACGAAUAAUUUAAAUACAAAAGAGAAAUCAUAAUUCAGAAAAAUAGAUAAAUUCGACUAUUGCAUCAAAAAGGAUACAUGAAAAGUCAAGAAAUAACGUAAACUAAAUAUUCCAUAAGACAAUGGCCAUGAAAAGUUAUGAAAAAAUAGAAUUUGUUAAUAAACAAUUAACAAACAUUUAUAACAACAAAAUGAAAAUCAGUGGAAAAGAAAGAACGAUCACCGGGGUAAGCACCCUCCAAAAAUCUCUUCUUAAUCUGCAUAAACAGUUGAGAUAUUUAUUUUUGAAGUUUCAUACACACACAUACAAGCCCAUGUAUCCGUGUGUCCACAAAACUUUCGAAAAUUCUAGCGUACGCAUUAUUGAUGAUAGAGAAAUGGUUUCCAUACAAAAGGGACUCCAUAUUCUGAGAACUAUUCAUUUCACUCAUAAAAAUAAUAAAAUUUAUUAACAAAUAUAAUUGUUGUAAACAAAAUAUACAUGAAAUAUUCUACGAACAAUUCAGAAAAAUCGUAAAAGGAAGUUCUGUAGAUCCUUGAUAUGUAACUAAAAAAUCUCUUCUUAAUCUUCAUAAAUAGUGAAGAUAUUCAUUUUUAAACUUUUACACACACACACAUAGAAACCCAUGUAUCGGUGUGUCCACAAAAACUUUGGAAAAUUCUAGCGUCCGCAUUAUUCACGAUAGAGAAAUGGUUUCCAGACAAAAGGGACUCCAUAUAUUGAAAACUAUUUAUUCCAUUCAUAAAAAUGAUAAAAAUUAUUAACAAAUAUAAUUGUUGUAAACAAAACGUACAUGAAAAAUCCUGUAAACACUUCAGAAAAAUCGUAAAAGGAAGUUCAGUAGAUCCUUGAUAUGUAACAAAAAAAUCUUUUCUUAAUCUUCAUAAACAGUGAAGAUAUUGAUUUUUAAAUAAUUCACACGAUACACACACACUCAAAUCCUUGUAUCGGUGUAUGCAAAUAAAGUUCGAGAAUCGUUAGCGCCUUCCCUAUGGGACAUAUGCAAAAACAUCCCAUAUAGAAACUAUGGCAUAAAUUAUGAACUACAAAAAUGUGUAAUAAAAAAUUGUAAAAGUCAAUAGACAAAACUGAAUGUCUAUUGACAUGUCAUUAGGAAUUACCCCUAAAAAAAUCUAAAAUUGGCGAAAUUAGCGCAUUUAAAUAACAAGAACAAGAAUAUGAAAGAAAAUUAAACAAAACUCAACAAUUUAAACAUGUCAAUUUUGAUAAAUUAGCGAUCUUAAUUGUAAAUAUUAAUAACCACGAAAUUAAUGAACGAAUUUCUACCGAAAAAUCCAUAAAAAUAGUCCACUGAAUCCUCUAACGACUGAGCCAUUGAUUAGAUUUUUCACGUUAUAAACAACGCCAUUAAAAGUUAAUAAACAUUUUUCAAGGUCAAGUCAAUAUCUCCGAAAGUUGUAUAGUUAAGAAAAUGAAAAUUUAUGGAAAAAUGCUAUAAAAUGUGGACAUUUGAAUGGAUGAAUAAUUGUUCCUGAUUACUGAAAAAUACUAUUGUUAUUAACAAUUGAAAUGUUAUAAAAAAUUGUCAAAAAAGUUUUAAUACUAGAAUCGUAUUUCUAGACCAAAAAUAGGGUCAAAAACGAAUUUUGUCAAAUUUGUCAAGAGACAAUGUCAAUAGACAAAAAUUGCUUAUAGUAGUACCAUGAGGAUGCCAAAAGGAUCCAUUUAAGCUAUAGUGAAAAUCACGUUCAAAAAUUAAUUUUAAAACAGAAAAAUCAUUGUCAAAAUAUCAGAAAUAAAUUUUAAGAAUUAAAAAUGUAAAAAUGAAAAAUGUAAUAAGGCAUAAGAGAAUGUCACAGCAUUAGAUGAGACUACACACAGAACAUAUGAAUACGCAUCACGCGCCAUCCCUACUCUCAGUCAAGUGGAGUUGCACGUUAAACGAAGCAUCCCCACCAUCCCUACUACUGGAUAGCGUGCGCCAACGAUCGACGCGGUGAAUAAUCGGUCAGAGUAGUCUCAGUGCCGCAGAGAAACGGCAGUUCAACUUCAACAUCAGCCAGCAGCAGUCAUCUCUCCGAAGAGCUCCGGGAACAUUAAAUCGACUAAGUUCCAAAUUAUUUUUGGACUUAGAAAAUAUUUCUGAAGUGAACCAACGAUUAAAAAUACAGUUUUCGUUCGAUAUAUAUAUAUUUAUUAAUUUUGUUUCUCUCGGAAAUCCAGAAAAGAAAACGUCAAUAAGUGAAAUCAAAAAAAAAAACUUUAUUCAAAAAGACUACAGAAAACGUAUCAUCCAUCCAGCCAAGCAGCCGUCCAGACAGCGACCCAAAGGACUAAUUAUAAAAGAAACAACGAAAUUCAAUUAACCAAAGAUUCACCCACGGUUGGCCUUAUCUCGGAUAUUUACAUUGCAGACAAGGUUUCCAUAAUUGGAAGUCCAGAAUUGAAUAUUCAAGGAAACGCAUACAUCAGAGCUAUCAAUCAAAGUGAUCAAGAUUUGACCUUGCCUACGCCUGUGAUUAAGAUGGGCCAGUGUAGUUGGUUAACAUGUAGAGGAGAGACUGAUGCACAGCGCGAACUGAUCCGCGAAAACAAUUUUCAAGAAGAGCCUAAUUCUCAUAUUCAAAAACUCGACUAUCUAAGUCACAAGCCAAAUUGGUUCGCAAGUCCACCUCUCGAUACUAUUCCCAUUAAUGUAGUCUCAAGCGAUAAACUCACUGCUGAACGUGCAAAAUCUAUACAAAACCUCCUCUAUCUCGAUCAUUUGACUGAAACAGAAAAUACUGUAAUUACUGAACUCAUUAGCCAACACCAAGACCUUUUUGUUCUUAAUGGCGAAGCUUUAGGUGCUACAAAUGCUAUUUUUCAUCAAAUUAAUACAAUAGAUGACGUACCUGUAUUCAAACGACAAUAUAGAUUCCCUCCUAUUCACAAAGACGAAAUUAUAAAACAAUGUACAGAAUUAGAGGCAAGAGGUAUAAUUAAACCAUCCGAUUCGCCCUAUAGUUCUCCCAUUUGGAUAGUUCCGAAAAAGGAAGAUUCCUUAGGAAAUAAAAGAUGGAGAAUGGUAAUUGACUACCGAUCUCUCAAUGAAAAAACCAUCGGGGACGCCUACCCUCUCCCAAACAUUAAUGAAAUAUUAGACCAGUUGGGAAAUGCCCAAUAUUUCUCAAGCUUUGACCUUGCUAGUGGAUUCCAUCAAAUCCCUAUUCAUCCUAAUGACACACAUAAAACCGCAUUCUCUACACCCUAUCAGCACUAUGAGUUUACGCGCAUGCCCUUCGGUCUCAAAAACGCACCCCCAACAUUCCAAAGAAUGAUGGAUAAAGUCCUAAUUGGAUUACAGGGUAAAGAAUUAUUCGUCUACAUGGAUGAUAUAGUGAUCUAUUCUCAGACUCUUGAAGAGCAUGUUCGAAAGUUUCAAAAUUUAAGUGAGCGCUUACGAAAGGCUGGUUUGCAACUCGAACCGGAUAAAUGUCACUUUUUAAAGAAAGAGAUCAAUUAUCUGGGACACAUUAUAUCAUCUGAUGGAGUACGUCCGGAACCAAAAAAAUUAACAGCUGUCCAAAAUUUUCCAAGACCAACCAAUCAGAAAAAUAUCAGACAAUUUCUUGGCCUAACCGGGUAUUACCGUCGAUUCAUCCCAAAUUAUGCAAAAAUCGCCAAACCUUUAACCUCUCUCCUAAUGAAAGACAAGAAAUUUCAAUGGGGCGACGAGGAAAACAAAGCCUUUAGUAAUUUACGGAACGCGCUGUGCAAAUCUCCCAUACUGCAAUAUCCAGAUUUCACCAAGGAGUUUGUAAUCACGACAGAUGCUUGCGGAUACGGCAUUGCCGGAAUUCUCAGUCAAGGAGAGAUUGAUGACUCUAAAAAGGAUGAUGACGGCUAUUCUCGUCCUGUUGUUCAUCAACACCCAGGAAAUUAAUGGAUUAGUAGGUUAUGAUUGUAGUGGGUCUACCUUAAACAUCACCUCGUAUUCUCUACUCCAGGUGGGGCAAUGUCACAUCCCCCUUGUUAAACCCAAAUCAACAAAUGUCAACAUCGAACUUAUGCAACUUAACAAAUAUGGACAAAUUACGGUCGUAGAAUGUCGAUUACAAUUAGAUCGAACAAUUCACCGUUGCGGAAUGUUUUCCCAUGUAGCAAUAGUGCACAAUUACCGCAGGGAAUAUUUCGUUGAGCUGGAACAACACGAAUGCCAAAAAUUACAUGAUUCCAACUCACUACAGAUAUCACACAACAUUGUAGUCGAUGCACUAGUUAAAAAUAUCACCAAUCUUAGACCAAUCACAAUAGCCGGUAAAGCCGAAGUUGACGGCACAUGUCAAGGAAGCCAGUAUAGUGACCCAUUUGGGAAUUGGGACGAAGUCAUUGUCAACGCAAUAGCGCGAAUCUACUACACUUCAUAUGUCACCACUGUCGAAUUAAUAUCCAACAAAGUAACCCUUCAAUCGGGAGCCAAAUGCGAUUUUUUGGCGGGGUCUUGUACAAACUCUCUUGGCACUCAGGCCUUUUGGUCAGUCCAGCCUCCAGACGACUGUAAAUUCGGAAAAUACACAACGCUAUAUCGAGGAUCAGCUACGAAGAUCGAAUCAGACAACAGUAACCCGACCACUUAUUUAGUUACCACUAGAGACUAUACUUUCACAUUGGAGCAAAGAUCUAAGACAUUAACCUGUGGCUACCUUUUGAUCCAAACUGAAUUACCAAAAUUAUUUAUUAUGGAAGUUUCUCCGGGAACCACUUUCCCCACAAAUAAGAUUAUCAAUACCGAUAAUGUGGACUUAAUGCAAUAUGUUAACACGAAAAUUGUAUACCUCGAACACCACCUUAGAACUCAAGUUAGGAAGCUGUAUCACUAUAUUCGUCUCAGUCAAUGCGAAGCCCAAAGAACCUCAUUAAUGAACGCCCUUAGCACAGCGUCAUUUGCACCUGAUAUAUUUGCCUAUAACCUCAUGAAAGGCCCGGGUUAUCAUGCAAUAACAACAGGAGAAUUGGUUUCCAUUGUCAAAUGCACGGCAGUACCAGUCACCCUCAGAAAGAGUGAAAAUUGUUACCAAGAAAUGCCAGUUACUUACAACAACGAAAGUUACUUUCUAACCGGAAUAUCGAGAAUGUUGAUUAGACAUGGAACGGUCAUUGACUGCCAUUCAGCGAUACCUACAGUUUAUAGAAUUGAUGGAUAUUGGUAUGCACUGAACCCUGACCCAAUGAAAACCCCAACGCCUGCAACCUUUAACCCUUCUCUACCAAUAGAAUGGGAAUAUGAAAAAAUAGAAAAUUUAGCAACUAGUGGAAUUUAUAGCGAAACAGAUAUGGAAAAAUUACGUGACCGACUAUUAACUCGAGCAGAAGCCGCCACUGUAAUGAAUAAUCUUGUCAGCGCCGCCAAUGGUAAUGAACUGCCAGCCGGAACUAUUUCAAUGAAACACCUUUUGAGUAGGGAGAUGGUAGAGGAAAUGACGGAAUCAGCAGCUUAUAAGACGUGGGAAAAACUCAAAAUAUUUGGGAAUACAGUAUCGAUUCUUAUAGGAAUUGUCACUAUUAUCCACGUGAUAAUUGGCAUUGCUAAUGUGUUCAUACAUGGUUUUACGCUACACGAUGCAUUCGGAUGGAGCUUCCGUAUCCUUGGAGCUUUAUUUGGAGGACUUACACAUUAUUUUAUAUACAGAACACGUCGAAACCAAACGAAUAAUUUACCAGAAAACAUCGAAGCUCAACCUCUUAACACGGAGAUGAGAACACACACCCGGAGAACCACGCCAUUGAACACUAUAACUACAACAAGUGAACUGCCACGAGCCACCCUUCCUAAUCCGAUUAAUCCGCAAUUACUAUCGCAAGCACGUAUAGCUUUAAGUACUGCCCCAACUAACACAAACUAGUAGAAGUAUUUGUUAAUAACCAUUCUACAUAGUGCCAAUAAAUAGAAAAAUAGCCACUCAGAAAUCAACAGUGGAUUCGAUGCUGAUCAAGGGGAAAUAUAUUAUAUGUCUUCCUACUCGUCCGAAAUCGUGAUGGUCCACAACUAUCUUGCACG